UCGCAAAAAAGAAAAAAAAAGGAACUGUCGUGAGGUAUCUGCUUAGCGGCAGCUGUACACACAUACACGUGUAUCCAGAGGUGUUGUGAAGAUAUAUUUUCCAUCAGGAUGGCAAAGAGUUUGCGCAGCAAGUGGAGGAGAAAGAUGAGGGCGGAGAAAAGAAAGAAAGUUGCACCCAAAGAGCUGGCACGACUCAAAACAGUGCUGGGUCAGGGAGAGAAAGGAGAGAUCACCAUGAAAGAUGUCGCUGAGAUCGCCACCGUUGUGCCACCUGAGAAAGUGAAGAAGCCAGAAGAUGCUGAGAUGCAGAAAGAAGAUGCGGAUGGUGGAAAGAUGGAUUUAGACACUAAACGCAAUAAAAAGACAAUGUUGGACGAUCAAGGACGGUAUCCGGUCUGGAUGAACCAAAGGCAAGUGAAGAAGGUGAAAGCCAAACGUACGGCGAAAAAAGGAAAACCUAAGAUUAAGAAGGGGCUCGCCUGGUAGAUGAACUGAUCUGCUUGUGCACGGACAUUAUUCCUGUCACAGCUGUACAGGAGCCUGGCUGUGCAUCUUUUUCAUUUACAUUUUUUUAUUUUACGUUUAUGCAACCUUGAGCAGAAAAAUACUUUAGAGUGUUUGCAAUUGUGAAAUGUAAUGAUCUGUUAAUGGUUGUGGCUUCUCGUUGAGAAUGAGCAAUGUAAUUGGGAUUCAACAUCAUGAUCAAGGCUUUUCACUAGUUCACUAGCUAAUAUGGAGGGGAGGGGGAGUGAGACACUGUAAGUCAUCUGCAUUCAGUGUAUUACACAACUGACUCUUCCAAUGAAAUAUAAUUUUUUUUCCCUC